AAUGCCUGUUACAGGUCAAGGAUUAUGCACAAAAAUGAAGACAUGAUAAAAGAGGAAACAUGCUGCUUCCAUGCGAUAAUCAGAGAGCAACAUGAAGCAAUGAAAACUAGUGCUGUUAUGGUCCAAUAUGUCAUUUCAUUUCCUUAAGGUGCAAAUUUGGGAGAGAGUACAGACUAAGCCUUAUGAUUGUGACAUCAGCAUUUCCUUAUCAGGAAAAUGGGAUCCUUCUCUUUCACAGAGUUCCCCCCACCUCCCACCCCUCCAGAAAAGGAGAAGAGGAAACACAAGAAGAAGCGCCUAGUGCAGAACACCAAUUCCUACUUCAUGGAUGUGAAAUUCUCACAAUGCUAUAAGAUCACCACUCUCAGUAGCCAUGCACAAGGAGUGGUUUUGUGUGUUGGCUGCUCCACCAUCCUCUGCCAGCCUACAGAAGGAAAUGCAAGGCUUAGAGAAGGACUCUCCUUCACACAGAAGCAGCACCCAAAGCCCCCUGUACCAAGAUGAGUGGGAAACUAUCCCAAUAAACACAUUUUUUUUAUUUAUUUAUUUAUUUAUUUA